AUGGUUAGUGGUGCUUUGUUUGUGUGAAAUGUGUUGUGUAAAAAUGAAAGUUAUUUAUUUAGCCUGUGUGUUUUAGUGUUUUUGUACGCAUUGAGUUGUUGAAAUAAAGCUUAGCUAGAAGGAUAAAGUGUUUUGUAUACCCAUAUAGACAAGAAAGAGUUAAAAAGAUAUUUUUUUAACUACUAAAUUUUAAAUGACUCUCCUUGGGUGAAUUAUUUUUUGAUGAUGCUAUUCUGAAUGUCUCCCAUUGCAGUGAAGCAACCUUUCAACUUGCUCAGUGAGAGACUCUGAGUAGCAUUACAAAAAAACAGUGGCAGACACUUUGCAAAAUAUUUGGAGCAAAUUUAGGUCGCUAACAUAUAUGACUUUUGUUGCUGGACAUCUUAUUUCUUCAAAGUUUUUCAUACUUACCAAGUCUCGCACAUUAUGCAUGUGACACACGUAUCAGCAUAUUUUCUCACACACACAAUAUUAUUUAUCUCGCGCUUGAAUUGCUUUGGCCGCUUGUUACUGCAGAGUUUAAUAAAAAACGUCAAUUUAGAUAGCAUUGUAAACUUUGGAAACCUGUGAAAUGUUUUAGCGUUUAAUUUUUCUAUUUUACACUAUGAAAUUAGUAAAUUAACCUCGGGAAUUUGCGGUGCGUAAAUGCUAUCUGACUACAGCUUCCAAGGCGCAGCAAUCGUGAAUAAAUUGUGUCUUGGGAAUGAAACACUCAGUCUGGAAAUUUCAUAUCAGAGACCCAAAUUUUUAAAAUUUUCCAGGGAGGAAUGGCAUCCCCCCCACACAAGUGUAUAUUUUCCAGGGUGAAAACUUUGGAGUUGGUCCUUGAACGGUGGGCCGAGUUGGUCCUUGAACGGUGGGCCGAGUUGGUUAGUGGGCUGUGGAAAGCUAUCUAUGCAGCUGAAAUAUACUGUAAGGCAUGCUGGCAACAGCCGCUGAGUUUGAAUUAACAGAGGGUGUUGAUGGGGUAUAUUGUGAAUUGUGAUUCAUUCAAUUUCGGUUACCAUCUAUCUGUCGUGAAAAGGAAAAAAGAUUAUAGUGAAGUGUGAGGAAAAAAUACUGUUUACUGUUUGAGAACACUUCUCAAAGAUUUACAGUUAAAAUACCAACAUUUUACCAUUAAAAUAUCAAAACUUCUACUAUUUACUGAUUUUCAGACCCCCCAUCUUAAGACCCUCUUAACAGUGUGCAAUGUUCAAUUUGCCCAUCGUUCUGGACCAAAUAGUGAAAAUUGCACAUCACUUUUUCAAACAAUGUGCAAAAAAAUCAGACUUGGGACUAUUAAUGAACAUUUAAAAACUUCAAUCUGUUGUCUUAUAAUUUUCAGUAUUGUACAAAGGUCCAAAAAUUUGGACCUCCCUUCCUGUUAAUGUAAAGAUUUCUAACAGUUUGUCAUGUUUCAAGAAAAGAAUUAAUGAUCUGUUGUUAAAUUAAGUUUGUCUGAACUGGUCAUCCUUCACAUCUGCGUUUAUCUAAUGUAAAUUGUUGUAUCUUCUUGUAAUUAUCUUGUCUUAUUAAAACUAUCUGCAACUAUAUAUAUUCAUAUGUAAUAACACGAGGGGACCUCUUCUUAUAAACCUUAUGGUUUCUUGAGGUCGCCUCGCCACCACCGGAAAUUGCACGCAAUAUAGUGAUUCCUCUUGCAGACCUGCCAAGUCUCACGAUUUAAUCGUGAGACUCACAGUUUUUUAUGCUUUCUCACGAUUAGGUCCCCAAAUCUCACGAUUUUCUGCAAAAUCUCUGCUAAUCCCACAAGUGAUUCCAUGCAAAGACUCCAAACACCCGUGGAAGAAAGAAAUAUGCUAUUAUUUCGUGAGACUUGACAUUGGAAGCUACUGAAGCCAUAAAGAAAAAACAGCCUAUUUUUAAUCAAAGCCUUGCAUUGCGGUUAUAUUAACAAAAUAUAAAUGCAUACUAUCCUAAGAUUGAAUAUUUAUUGAUUAUUUAAAGUUAACCGUGGCCAUAUUGACUAUGAGCAGACCUGAAAAUUUCUAAAUCUCACGAUUUUUCAGUCAAUCUCACGACUUUUUAGAUAGCAACUCACUAUUUCUGCUACUCAAGGGUUGGCAGGUCUGCUCUUGUAUAUAGAUUCAUAAACAUAUGUAAAUAGUUACCGUACUGUGACUGUCUUUUAUGUACCGUACUAUGUUCUUGUGGCAAAAAUUUUGAUUAAAAAAAAAAUUUAUAAACAAGUUCUUUUGCAUACACACUAGCAGCAUGGAAAGUGUCAAAUUUUAGCCACCAUAACAGACAAACACAUGACUGAUGUGUGUGUUACUGUUUGUAUGUGUUAGGUUUGUAUAUCAAAGAUUGCAAACAAUGUUUAAAAAGUAUUCAAAUAAUUAAAUUAUUGCAGUUUAACUGAGUAUGUUUGAAUGAGUAGCUAAGACAAUCGUGAACCUAUUUUAUAAAAAAUUUAGAACCACAUUUUUAAAAAAAAUUUGCACAUAAUUUUUUCUCAACUAAUUUGAACCCUGGCAACAGGUAAGAAAUGGUAGUUAAGAUAAUGACUCAGGACUUAUGUUUCAUCUUUAGUCUAAGAAGAAAGCAGGAGAGAGUGUCAAGGUCAUUGUACGAUGCCGGCCAAUGAACGAAAAGGAAGUUGGGCAAGGUUUUGAGAGGUUUGUUUAACUGUGUUUAUGUAAAGUUUACAAAUUAUGUCAAAAACUGACUACAGUUAAAAACAGGGUUUUUUCAGUGUACUUUUAUGACAAUUUUAAAUUGAGUUUUGAAACUCAAUCAUACCAGUUUUAUAAUGACGUGAUAAUGUCAGUCGAUCGAGUAAAGGUGACAUCAUUCAUUUCGAUUUCUUAAUGAUAAUUUCCAAUGUAACAUAUGUUUAUACUGCAACCAAAGUUUUUUAAAAUCGUUCAUAAAUGGCAUGUUUCACGCAUUAAUUUCGUCGUGGGAUCAUAUUGCGUUAAAACACAAUGUGUAUCGUCAAUUAAUUGCAUGGCUGUACUCUAUUCUAGAGUGGUUCAAAUGGACACAAAGCGAGGCCAUGUUAUACUAAGGAAUCCUCAGAAACAAGGAGAACCAAAGGAAUUUACAUUUGAUGCGAUCUAUGACUGGAAGUAAGUUAAAUGAUUCCCUGUUAGGAAUCUCCAGUUAAGCCGGUUACAGACGAGUUUCAGACAAAUUUUCAUAUGAUACGUUUUCAUAUGGCAAGUUUUCUUUGUCAGUUGCAUGUUUGUACGUACAACAAAGUUUCUAUAACAAGUUUUUGGUAUUCUGACUACCACGAAUGGCCCACGAUAGCUAUUGUUAGCUAUUGCUACUUAGAUUGCUGACCAACCAUGCAUGUGCAAAUGCUCAAAUCACUUUGCCAAAUUUUUUUCAUUGACCCAUACAGAUGAACAAUAUUUGUACUUUGAAAACUUUUUCUAUCAUGACAAGUGCACUUGUUCAAAAGCUGGCAAGUUUACUUAUCAUGAUAGGAAAAAUUGGUAAAGUUCCCUAUACAGACGAGCAAAUAAAACUUGUCAUAUGAAAAUUUGCCACAGCUGUAGGGUCAUCCCUAAAUUGCUCCAGUGUUACCACUGAAAGAAAUCUAAACUACAAUUAUGAUAGCUUUGUUUAUACUGGAUACAGUGGAAACACUGUGUACUUUCAUGCCCCUAAAUAUGUAUUUUCAAUUUCCAAGCUCCAUUCAACGAGACUUGUAUGAAGAAAGUUUUCGUAGUUUGGUCGAAUCUGUACUGGGAGGCUAUAAUGGUAAGAUGAUGGUUGAUGUGAUUGCCUGCAUGGCAAGUAAAAUCUGCUGUUAGACAGAGUAAAAUAAUAGUAAACUAGAGCGCAUCAGGGCACAUUGCAACUUAACUCUUUAAGUGACAAUGCGUCCUGAUGCACCCUUUAUUAUUUUACUCUGUCUAAUCCAGACGAUUUUACUUGUCAAGGGGAGAGUGCUGCAACUCAAUGGGUUAAAAUCAACACCUUGUUAACUUCCAUGUGUAUAUAUGCAAUUUUACAUUUAGGUACAAUCUUCGCAUAUGGUCAAACAGGCACUGGAAAAACUUUCACAAUGGAAGGUCAGUCUAUGAUAAUUAAGAGUACCCCCAACCACUUGACUAGUUAUGAUUGCCCUUGUUAAAAAAUUGGGAGCACUUUAAUUAUUUUUCGUUUUACCAUAUUUUUGGUCUUCACUAAAGGUGUGAGAUCAGAUCUGGAGUUACGUGGUGUUAUCCCGAAUUCAUUUGAUCACAUAUUUAAACACAUCGCCAGAACACAUGAUCAGCAAUACUUGGUCAGAGCGUCGUACUUGGAAAUCUACCAGGUAAUUAUAAAUGUUGUACUAGUCCACGCGGUUCCCAGGAACACGCGGUUCCCAGGUUCGUUGCAUACUUGCCAAUUACGUUUCGGUUUCCAAGUUCAAAAAUGGACCUAUUCCCUAAUGAACAAAAUUUUGAUCUAGACAAGUCUAGACAAGAAUUUCAUCACAGCUUGAAAGAGCAUCGCAAAAUUAGUAAUAUUCCAAAGCUUCGUUGCGAAAUGUUGUAAAAUGCGGAUAAUAUAGCCCUGCGAAAUUUGCCGUUUUUCAGUCAUUUUGUAUUACGCGCGGGAAAUUGACACCUUUUUUCAGAAAGUGGUAUCAAUUUCCCGCGCGUAAUACAAAAUGACUGAAAAACGGCAAACUUUGCAGGGCUAUAUUAUCCGCAUUUUACGACAUUUCGCAACGAAACUUCGGAAUAUUACUAGUUUUGUGAUGCUCUUUCAAGCUGUGAUGAAAUUUCUGUCUAGACUUGUCUAGAUCAAAAUUUUGUUCAUUAGGGAAUAGGUCCAUUGGGCGUGAAGUUCGCAACAAAGUUAGCAACUUGUAAACAAAUGUUCUGCCUCCAGGAAGAAAUACGUGAUUUACUGGCAAAAGAUCAGAAGAAAAGACUGGAGCUGAAGGAACGACCCGAUACAGGCAUUUAUGUCAAGGUAAACCGACGUAUUUUUGCCACCAAAUGAAACUAUUCACGUAACAAAAAAUAAAACACAAAACCUGAGUCAAUGACGUUCAGAAAUUGUCCGGGAAUCGUCCACCAAGACGAACGGAAACUUUCAAGAAAAAGGUUAUUUUGACUCCUAGUGUGCAUUGGGUAAAUCACAUCUAUGGGGUUGCUUACCUACACAAGGCCACCGAGGGGGGGGGACACUUUGCCUCGAGCCCGCAGUUCAAAAGGCACCCAAAGCAACAAAGGCACUUAAAUUUUGCAUAACUGAGAAUACAGAGCAGGGAUACAAGAUCAGGAAAUGGGUACUACAGGUAGAGUCCCCCCUCUUCCUGUGAGUAAAAAUCAGUGAGGGGUUUCUGCUGUGGUUCCUAAACUCCUGCUUCAGAAAGCUUUACAUACUACUUUUGAUUUUAGGAUUUGCAGUCGUUUGUUUGUAAGAGCGUGAAAGAAAUUGAACAUGUCAUGAGUGUUGGUAAUCAGAACAGAGCUGUAGGGUAGGUAUCAGAAUGAUUUAGAUUAAUUAGGGCCAUCAUUUGCCUAUACUACCCAGGUUCGUGGUUGCUUAAUUCAGAAGCGAGUUCUGCACAACAUCAGAUCACGUUAAUCAGAUAAGCUUUUGUUUUUUAGGUCAACCAACAUGAACGAACAUUCUUCACGUUCCCAUGCAAUAUUUAUUGUUACGAUUGAAUGCAGUGAGGUAAGAUCACGAACAUAGAUAUCAUUAGGCCUAAAAAAUACCUGUGGUUCCGGUUUCCCGACUGACCCUAUUUUUUUCUGCCGACCCUAUUAUUUUUUUCAACGCGAUUGACCGGGUGGUUGCGGGCUGCUCAUACAGCGUGCCAAAAAUGGCGUCUGUUGUCACAAUAAUUAUUGAACCAAAUUGCCUAAAUUUGUCCAUAGGAACUACGUAUCUCUAGUUAACAUUGAUGUUGGGACUCUACUGAAAAUCGCCCAGCAAAAAAAAACGCCAAAACCAUGAAAAAAGUAUUUAAAAAAAAUUUAUUUCCGACCUACCUACCCUAAUUUUUUCGCGAUAUGAAACCGGAAACACAGGUAGUUUUUUAGGCCAAAAAUGUAGAAAUGAUUUUUCUCAAAUUUUCUGAUCUGACAUGUAAAACAUAUAGAAGAACAAAAAUAUAAAAUACAAAAGUUGGGUUACAGACCUUCUUAAAGAGAUACAAGGUUUAAACAUGGUUUGGUGUGGUUUAGAAUGUUAGUUGAACAGUAGCCCUAGCCAGAGUUUGUCAUAUUUUACGGAAUAUUUCCUGAAGCACGCCUAAUCAAUACAGAGUAUUUUUCUCUUUGUCAUUACUCUUUCUUUAUCACUUUACAUUGCAGUUCGACUACAUAUAUUAGCUAGAAUUUGUUAUUAGAUAUGUGCAGUAAACGUGCGCAAUUAAAAAUAACAAAACUUUGAAUACGGUACCUCAAACAUUUAAAAGUAAGAUAAAUUUAUUUUUACGCCCCCCCCCCCUUUGCACCCCUGUUGACCAAAGCCCCCUUGCACCCCUGUUGACCAAAGCCCCCUUGCACCCCUGUUGACCAAAGCCCCCUUGCACCCCUGUUGACCAAAACCCCCUUGCACCCCUGUUGACCAAAGCCCCUUUGCAGCCCUUUGACCAAAGCCCCCUUGUACCCCUGUUGACCAAAGCCCCUUUGCAGCCCUGUUGACCAAAGCCCCUUUGCAGCCCUGUUGACCAAAGCCCCCUUGUACCCCUGUUGACCAAAGCCCCUUUGCACCCCUGUUGACCAAAGCCCCUUUGCACCCCUGUUGACCAAAGCCACCUUGCACCCCUGUUGACCAAAGCCAUUUCCACCCCUCUAUACAUCUACCCCUGUACUUCUAUAUGUAUAUUUCUCCUCUUAGGUUGGCCCGGAUGAUGAAUGUCAUAUACGCGUUGGGAAAUUAAACAUGGUUGAUCUCGCUGGCAGUGAAAGACAAGCGAAGACAGGAGCUGCUGUUAGUAUAUCCUUCGUAAUUAUUAAUGAUUUCUGAUCGGCUGCGAGGAGUACACACGUGUAAUAACGCGCAAAUUGUUACAAAUCUGCAAAUAAGUUGUAACAAGGUUGUUCUCAAGCCGAUAUCAGGAUGAGUUCGCCCUGAUUGUUCCCAGCUGUUGUGACAAGUCUGGAACAAGUUGUUAUCACCUUGUUACAAGGUUGAUGACGGUAACAGACUUGCUUGUUCCAACAAGACUAAUACAGGCUGUUCGUAACAAGUUGCUACGAGCUUGUGGUCAUCAACUUGUUAACAACUUGUUGCAUGCAGACGAUAUCAGAUUUGUUGGAACUUGGAACAAGCGAGUCUGUUGGCCUCAUCAACCUUGUUACAAGAUGAUAACAACUUGCUCCAGACUUGAUGUUUGUGAUGUUACUCUGAGUGUGCAUCCACACCGGGCAAGCUGAAAAGUUUGCCUGACCACGGUGGGAUACUAGUCCAAUGCUCUACCAACUGAGCUACGAGGUCAAGUCGGUUCGAGUUGAUGAUAUUUCGGAACGGAGUCUAGUUCCUUCGAUAUCAAUGAUAUUCUAAGAUAUGAUACUUUUUGUGUGUGUUGGUGUUAUAUACUCAGCUGAAUAUGAUGUUACUCUGAGUGUGCAUCCACACCGGGCAAGCUGAAAAGUUUGCCUGACCACGGUGGGAUUCGAACCUGCGACCUUUGGGACAACUGGGAACAAGCAGUGGGAAUCUCUGCAGGGUGUUAGCCAGAAAAAAAGUUUUGUCCGUUAAACGUAAAUUGGGAAAGUUUUUUUGACCGAUCAAAGUCCUUGUGUAGGGAUAAAUAGUGUUUUUUUCCAACGUGUAAAGAUGCAAACAACGGUAGCUUGGUUUUGUACAUUUCAUUUCCGGUGAAUGAACACUGAAAAACACGGAUGCACACCGAUUACACAGUUUUGUUUUGUACAUUUCAUUUCAGUGAAUACACAGUAACACCCAAUAUGAAUGAAACGCGAUACAUUUUGAGAAAAUAAUUAAUGGGAAAAAGUAAAUAAAACGUUCUUUGAUAUAAUAAUAUAAAAUCAAACUCAAUGCACUUUCUCAUCAGAAAAAAUGGAAAUCUUCCAGUAGACCCAGUUGGGAAAGCCCCUCAGAUACUUCAACUGGAAAGAGUCCGUCAAACGGACAGUAUAUGGGCUAGCUAACACCCUGCUCUAUAUCCUCAGGAAGUUCAGGAAUAUUCACCAUGGCAACAAAAUUGAUAGGCUGCCCCUCAGAUGCCUUUACAAGAUUGGAGAAAAUUUUACAAUUUCCAGUUUGGUCAUGAAAUCUGAUAGCAUGAUCAUAAUAUGUUAAAUCUCUCCACACAGGGCGAACGACUGAAAGAAGCCACGAAGAUCAAUCUUUCUCUAUCUGCUUUGGGAAAUGUCAUUUCUGCUUUGGUAUGUCGCUAUAGGAUUAAGGCCCGUUUCCACUCAGGAAAAUUUUCCGCAGAAAGAAAAUUUGGUUGGCCGACACAAAUUUUCCGUCGGAAAAAAAUUUUGAAGUUGAAAAUUUUCAGCUUUGAACAAUGAUAUUUUUUGAAAAUUUCUAUACGUGGAAAUGUUUCUUGAGUGGAAAUGGGCCUUUACGCUUCACAUACUUGCGUGUUUUCGGAAACGUUUAAGCUGCGAUGAAACAAGAAUGAGUGUUGGUGAUUGUCAGCAUUCGAGAGUCUGCGUGAGAAUUUUGCUUAACUCUCAUGGCCAAGAGUAUGGCUCCUGGGAAUAAGAUUUAGGUCACUCAGGGUAAGGUUAGGGCCCAGUCUGUAGGCCUACUCCGGGUCCUAAAACCAUAUAAAACCCUUCGACUAUUGUAGGGUGGGGUGGGGGGGGGGGGGGGGGUAGGUGCUUAUUAUCCUUACUUGCAGCUGAAAGCUAAGCUGAAUUGCGAAGGACACAGCUCAACGUGAUCAAGUGAUCUAAGGACGCCUCAGGGAGCCACCUUAUGAUUCGUGUCUGAUCAGGGAGCACAGCUACGAUGGAAGGGUCAGUUUAGGGCUAAUCCCAGCUUAGGGGCUAAUCCUAACCCACCCUGUCAACAUUCCCUGUGGAAGGAAACCAGAGUACCCAGAGAAAACCCACGACUUUCGGCAGAGCGUUGACUCACUCUUUUCACUUGGAUAUCAUAAUGUCCACAAGGGAAUCAAACCCACGAUAUCAGAGGUGAAAGGCGUGUGCUCUGACGAUUGUGCCACCGAAGCCGCAAAUGAUGUACCUUUACUUUCUAAUUUCCAGGUUGAUGGCAAGAGCACCCAUAUUCCAUACCGUGACUCGAAACUUACCCGCCUAUUACAAGGUAUAUUCUUAUGCAUCAAUCAAUGAAAAUUUAUCGACUUUCUCACUCAUUAGUGAGCGGAUUUCCCAACAGACUAUUGGCCAAUUGAUAGGGGAUCCGAGGUAUCUACGAUUUAACGUCCUUAUCCGAGAAGACGCGAAAUUCUAACCAAUAGACCUUUCCGGUAAUUAUGUCACGACUACACUGUUUUCAACUUAGGACCACCUUAAAUGGAAUAGAUUUUCAAGUUUGUUUCUUACUGGCUAUGGUCAGAGAAGCAGAACAUCCUUCAACACAUGCAUAACAAAGAAUUUUGGAUUUUAGCCGGUUUUCCACUUCGCCCGUAUCGUAGCGAAACGUACUGGUGAGCAUGCGCAGAGGUUUAUAAACACGUACUUCCGGGUGUAUUCGCGCAUCAAAAUAAAAAGUUCGUCGCAAGUCAACUUUUUGGCGAACUACGGAAGUACUAACCAAUCAACAUUCACGAAAUUUUGAAAUUUAAAAACGUUUUUGAUACGUUUCGGCACGGUACGCUUGAAGUGGAAAACCGGCUUUAAGCUUAAACACGAAAACGAGGCUAAGGGGCCAGGCCGUGUUGCUUAUUUCCACAUUUAUUGGUCAAAAUCCAAAAUUCUUUUUUAUGCAUGUGUUGAAGAAGGAUGUUCUGCUCCUCUGACCAUAGUCCGUGAGAAACAAACUUAAAAUCCAUUCCAUUUAUGGCGGUGCUAAGUUGAAAACAGUGUAGUCGUGACGUAAUUACCGGAAAGGUCUAUUACUGAUGUCAAUGUAAAGGUAGCCCUUUCUCCUCAAUUAUUUUAAGACCUUGAGUAGAGGUCCGACCACAGAUUAAACCCUGGUCUCCCAGUUUGAAAUGCAAGCGUGAUAUUAUAUGCGUUCGUUUUUAUUGUCGAUUUCAUAUUACUUUUCAAAGCGCGGUUUCCAAGUUUGUUGUCAACUUGCCAAUUACGUUGUCAAGUUCGGAAGUUGGGCGGGAACUUCGCAACGAAGUUCGCAAGUUCAUUUCAAAGUUCGAACUUCGAUUGUAAACAAAUGUAAAAAUUUCAUUGAUAAAUUUAUUUAAAAAGGCAUUUUUCGUCUUGGGAGACCACUGGACCAAUAUUUUACUGCAGUAAUAUGUGCAUAGGGCCUUAUACAGUAAUUUCAACUCCAACUAUGAACAUUUGUUAACAAUCAAAGUUCGAACUUUGAAAUGAACUUUCGAACUUCGUUGCGAAGUUCACGCCCAACUUCCGAACUUGACAACGUAAUUGGCAAGUUCGCAACGAACUUGGGAACAGCGUGUUGAAAAGUUACCUGAAAUCCACAAUAACUGCUCUAGAGUUUAUGCACAUUCUGCCUUUUAUUAUUUCAGAUUCUCUUGGGGGGAAUGCUAAAACUGUUAUGGUCGCAAAUAUGGUAAGUUAUGUUUGAGCAGAACUAAUUUAGCUAAUAUAUGCACUGUACGUUAUAGUUAAGCCCAUCUAUAGAGAUCAUUGAUAUAGGUCCGGCUGAUGAGAGUUUGACCACGGCUAAUGUUUUAUUUAUAUAUUCUUCAUUUUGUUUACCAGGGCCCAGCCAGUUACAACUACGAAGAAACCCUUACCACAUUAAGGUUAGAUCACUUUUUUCCACCUGCGUGAAUAGAACAAUAUUAUUAUGUGUUCUAUACACCCUUUUCAUAAAUGGCUGCCGAUUAAAAAUUCUUUUAUGUGCAUAUGAAUUGACCCAACUAGCCUCGUACUCAUGUUAAGAUUUCAAAGGAAUUUCUACCCAGAAACGAGGCUAUUUGAGCCAAUUUAUAUGCACAUAAAAGAAUUUUUAAUCGGCAGCCAUUUAUGAAAAGGGUGUAUACUGUAUGCUCGGCGUGCUCAUGAGUAGCUAUACCGGAUUUUGGUAUAUAUACUGUAUGAGUAUGCUCAUGUGAGCAUACUGGAUUUUGGUAUAUAUACUGUAUGAGCAUGCUCAUGUGAGCAUACUGGAUUUUGGUAUAUAUAUAUGAGCAUGCUCAUGAGCAUACUGGAUUUUGGUAUACAGCCAAUUGACCAUUUGCGUAAUAGACAAAGUUUUGAUCUAAACAAGUCUGGACAAAAAUGUUAUCACAGCUUGAAAGAGCAUCACAAAAUUAGUAAUAUUCCAAAGUUUCGUUACGAAAUGUUGUAAAAUGCGGAUAAUAUAGCCUUGCGAAGUUUGCAAUUUUCAGUCAUUUUAGAUUACAAACGGAAAAUUGACAGCCUCAAAGCGUAUCGGGCUGUCAAUUUCCCCUUUGUAAUCUAAAAUGACUGAAAAUUGCAAACUUCGCAAGGCUAUAUUAUCCGCAUUUUACAACAUUUUGCAACGAAACUUUGGAAUAUUACUAAUUUUGUGAUGGUCUUUCAAGCUGUGAUGAAAUUUUUGUCUAGAUCAAAAUUUAGUCUAUUACGCAAAUGGCUAAUUCAAAAAAGGUUGUUUUUUGCAAACCUUAAUCUCUAAACCUUAACUCUAAGCGCGCAAAGCUUAAUGGGAGCACAAGUUUCAAUCUUAGUAGUUGAAUAUUGCAGCUAUUUGUGAAUGAAUUGUUCUCGUAAGGAGAUAUUUACCAUGUCUCUAAGAAAUGGCCCCCAUAUAUGAUUUCUAAACUGAUUAAAUGAUGCUCUCAUCAUGCUUUGCACGCUUAGAGUUUAGGGUUUAGAGUUUAAGAUUUAGAGUUUAAGGUUUAGAAUUUAAGGUUUAGAGUUUAAGGUUUAGAGUUUAAGGUUUAGAGUUUAAGGUUUAGAGUUUAAGGUUUAGAGUUUAAGGUUUAGAGUUUAAGGUUUAGAGUUUAAGGUUUAGAGUUUAAGGUUUAGAAUUUAAGGUUCAGAGUUUAAGGUUUAGAGUUUAAGGUUUAGAGUUUAAGGUUUAGAAUUUAAGGUUUAGAGUUUAAGGUUUAGAAUUUAAGGUUUAGAGUUUAAGGUUUAGAGUUUAAGGUUUAGAAUUUAAGGUUUAGAGUUUAAGGUUUAGAGUUUAAGGUUUAGAAUUUAAGGUUUAGAGUUUAAGGUUUAGAAUUUAAGGUUCAGAGUUUAAGGUUUAGAAUUUAAGGUUUAGAGUUUAAGGUUUAGAGUUUAAGGUUUAGAGUUUAAGGUUUAGAGUUUAAGGUUUAGAGUUUAAGGUUUAGAGUUUAAGGUUUAGAGUUUAAGGUUUAGAGUUUAAGGUUUAGAGUUUAAGGUUUAGAAUUUAAGGUUCAGAGUUUAAGGUUUAGAGUUUAAGGUUUAGAGUUUAAGGUUUAGAGUUUAAGGUUUAGAGUUUAAGGUUUAGAGUUUAAGGUUUAGAGUUUAAGGUUUAGAGUUUAAGGUUUAGAGUUUAAGGUUUAGAGUUUAAGGUUUAGAGUUUAAGGUUUGCAAAUUGACAACCUUUUUUGAAUUAGCUGUAUAUAUGAGCAUGCUCAUGAGCUUACCGGAUUUUGGUGUAUAAAUGAGCAUGCUUAUGAGUAUAGGUUUCAAAACUUGAAUUUUUGCCCAGAGGAAGGUUGAUGGCCUACUUUAUCAUUUUAGGGAAGAGUCUUGCGCAUUAAUGAGUUAAUAUAUGGCAAGGAAAGGAAGUGGCUACAAAGCGCUCCCACGUAUAGUUAAAAUUUAAGUUGUUUUAAACGAAGAUUUUCCUGCUCUUCAGAUAUGCUAAUCGAGCGAAGAAUAUCAAGAACAAACCCAAAAUCAACGAAGAUCCCAAGGACGCCUUGCUUCGAGAAUUUCAAGAAGAAAUCGCUCGGUAUGUAUUUUUAAACACACCAGGGCCGUAGCUAGACACGAUAAUUGGUAUUCAUAUAUUCAUUUUCACAUACCGUAAAAACAAUCGAUUUCAAAAGAAAUCCGUCGGGCAGAACACGAAUAUAUGAAUAUACACCCCCCACCCCUAAUUAUCGUUCUAGCUACGACCCUGUUACUGGGAUAAGGACACUUCAGCAAAAGCUGGUAUGAAUUGGUGUCCCAGCCAAGAUACAAUUUAAAUUACUAAUUUACAUGAAUUAUAUCAGUUGUAGAAUAUAUACCGUACAUAUAUAUAGGAUUACAUUAAAAUUUAAAAUGUUGAAAAUAAGUCAUUAAAAUCAGGGAGCAAUAAUUCAAGAUUUUCCCUGCAGCUGUUUAACAUUCCCUGCGGGCAGUGCUCGCGUGCUCGCUUAGUUUUUCAGGAAUGUUUGAUUAAAUAUGUUUCAUUCAAAUUUCAGGUUAAAAACCGAGCUACAGACUCGUGGAAAGGGUGGUGAAAAGGGAAGAAGCAAACGAGCUGGUAAGAGUGCCAUGAUAUUUUCACUUGAAGUGAUGAGAUGUCCGCCAUCUUGGAUAAAUUUUUGAUCUCCUUAACGGUAGUUUUGGUGAAAUAAGCAAGAUAUGAAAAAACGGCAAAAGAGUAUUAUAUAUAGUCUUAAAAGUUCUUUCAAAUGAGAAAAUAAAAAGAUAUAUUGCCAUUUUCCUUUAAGCAACCCUUUCUGUUAAGCUCUUGUAAUAAUCCUUUGUUUUGUAGAUGGCAGUGGUGGUGAUGGCAGCGGUGAAGAAGAUGGUGAUGGCGAAGAAGAUACGAUUAAGAAUGCUCAAAAUCAAUUGGAGGAAGAAAAGAAAGCUUUACUGGAGAAUCAUAGUUUGUUGGCUGAGGUAAUGUUACUGGAUAGUUCUAUCAGUUCUAAACUGUUCUCCCUCUUAUUGAUCCUGUGUUACUACAAGAGGAAACCUAAACUAAACUAACUUUAUUUCUACUGGAUAGCUCUAUCUGUUCUAAACUGUUCUCCCUAGAGGUCCCGUAAGGAUCAUCUCUUAUUGAUCCAGUGUUACUACAGGAGGAAACCUAAACUAAACUGACUUUAUUUAUACUGGAUAGCUCUAUCAGUUCUAAACUGUUCUUCCUAGAGGUCCCGUAAGGAUCAUCUCUUAUUGAUCCAGUGUUACUACAGGAGGAAACCUAAACUAAACUGACUUUAUUUAUACUGGAUAACUCUAUCAGUUCUAAACUGUUCUUCCUAGAGGUCCAGAGCUCUUAUUGAUCCAGUGUUACUACAGGAGGAAACCUAAACUACACGAACUUUAUAAAUACUAGACAGCUUUAUUAGUCGUGUUUACGCACGCUACUCGAAUUGCAUUCAUUUAUUAAAACCAGAGUACAGUAGGGUGCGAAAACAUGACUGAUAUUGUACCAGGUUGCCGUAAACUCAUAAACUUUAUCGGUUCUAAGCUGUUCUCCCUGGAGGUCCAGUAAGGAUCAUUUCUUAUAGGUUAGUUCAUCACUACAGCAGGAAUCCUAAACUAAACUAACUUCAUUUUUUCAUCUGCAUUGUUUUAGGAAAGAGAAAAAUUGAUGAAUGAAAUUCAGAAGAAAUCGCAACAAUUGAAAAAACGUCAAGAUGAACAGUCCGCUCUUAAUGCUAAAAUAAAGGUUAGUAGCCAUCACUGUAGAGGUUCAGAUUUGAUUUCCACUACCGCUUAUUACUCCAGUAGCCAAGGCAUGAGAAAAUCCGCCAGCGUGGCAGCAUGCUGCCAGGAAAUAUUUUUAAUCUCACAGGAAAUUUUUAAGGAAAAGCAAGAUGUCAAGAAUGAAGCUCGAGAAAUUUCAAAAAUCAGCAUUAAAGUAACAAACAUCACAAUUAGAAACAAUCAUAACAUAAAAGUUUGUAUCAUACAUACAUAUAUACAUACAAAACUUUAUUUAAACCACGCUAGCCUCAACAGCCGUUGGAAGGCUGGUUUCCAUGAGGGGCGUGAAAUUACCUAUUUACAAAAUAGGAAAUACAAAAUAGGAAAUACAAAAUAUAACAAAAUAAAUAAAUACAAUUGAUUUUAGCUGCACGAUAACACACAAGCAAAUUUCAACUCAUUCUUUGUUUCAAUAUCGACUUGAAAGAGCUUAGGGAUUCAGCAAUUUUUGCCUCAUGGGGAAGAUUAUUCCAAUGCAAGGCACCAUUAUAGCUGAAGCACCUCUUGCCGAAUUCUUUUUUCGGCAUAGGUAGUGCUAAAUCAGUAUAUCCCUAUUUCUAAGAUUGUAUGUAUCAUGUCUUUCAUUAUUAAAAUGAAAUGCUUCUUUAAGAUUGGGUGCGGUGUGGCCAUUCAGAACUUUAUAGACGAAAUGUCUAUGUUAAUGAAUGUUAUUGAAUUACAACCAAAAUUCAAAUUUAUAAAAAAAAUUGACAGGAAAUUUUUGGUCUGCGAAGCCUGCUGCCAGGAAGAAAAAUAUUUUAUCAAGGCUUGCCAGUAGCGAUGGUAGAAGUCAAACCUGAACCGGCAACAAUUAGUUUAAUUUUUGUGAGGAAGUUUAGAUCAUGACGAGGAAGCUGCGUUUUGUCAACACCGACGUCAGAUUGCCGAUGGGGGACUAGACUUGCUCCAAGUCUCUCUUUCAUUGUCAUAUAGUAUUGAUCCACUAUAGUGUACAUUACAUGACGUAGUACCGAGAGGCGGAGCGAGAAGGAGAGACUUGUCAACUUCGGAAAAUCUCUGUUCAAAACUGAACCGAAAAUGCAAGACUUGCUUUAAUUGUUUUCCUUCAAUUUCUUUCUGUAUUAUUUACUAUAAUGGAACUCGUGUUAUUUACACUGUGCUAGAUCAAUACAUAUAAACACUGACAGAAAACAAUUAAAACAAGUCUUGCAUUUUCGGUUCAGUUUUGGACCGAGAUUUCCCGAAGUUGACAAGUCUCUCUUUCUCGCUCCGCCUCUCCGUGCUACGUCAUGUAAUGUACACUAUAGUGGAUCGAUACUAUAUAUGACAAUGAAAGAGAGACUUGGGGCAAGUCUAAUGGGGGACUGGACUAAAAUUGUGUUUGAUUCAGUUUGUAGUAAUCUUCAACACAUAUGACAAAACCUAAGAUUGUUAAAGUUGUUUGCUUCGUUAGCAAGUGCCCUAAAGAGACAGUCACCCCCUGAACACAUAUUGAAAUUUAAUGUUCCAGGGGGGGUGAAUGCCUCUCUUUAGAGCACUUGCUAAGAUCAUGCAUGGCCGCCAGAUAUACGUAGUAAAAACUACCUUACGGUUUUUUCGCAGAAGUGAGAGCUUUGUAUGUAUAAGUACUCUGUGCUAUUAUAGAGAGUUUAAGCUUCGCAUUUAUACGGCAGACGCCAGGCAAAGAAAAAUUUUACCGUAUCAGGCCAUGAAGAAUUAAUGAACUUGUUGUUUUAAAACUGCAAUGCAUAGUUAUUCUUUCGACACAAGAAAGAAGAUAUGAAAUGAAAAUAUGAAACGUAAAUUUUGCUAAGAAGGUUCGAACCUGCCGAACGAACUUGUAUGAAACGGUUGCAUGCACUCUAUCUAAUUCAUCAUUAUUCUCUCAUUCAGAUGAUGGAAAGCAAGCUACUCGUGGGAGGUAAAAGUAUUGUUGAUAAAACCACAGAACAGGAUAGAGCAUUAGAGCAACGUCGGAAAGAAUUGGCUGACCAAAGGGUAUGUAUACACAAGCGGAAACUAUAUACACACUGGGCACUGGGCACUGGGCGAGCUUGAAAAAUAUGCCCGGCCACGGUGGGAAUCGAACCUACGACCUUUGGAAUACUAGCCCAAUGCUCUGCCAACUGAGCUACGCGGUCAGGACGGUUCGAGUAAGUGAUAUUUCGGAACAGAAUCUAGUUCCUUCGAUACCAAUGUAGUGUAGUAAUAUGAUUUUUUCUGUGUUGGUGUUGUGUACUCAGGUGAAUAUGAUGUUUGUGAUGUUACUCUGAGUGUAUAUCCACACCGGGCGAGCUUGAAAAAUAUGCCUGGCCACGGUGGGAAUCGAACCUACGACCUUUGGAAUACUAGCCCAAUGCUCUGCCAACUGAGCUACGCAGUCAGGUCGGUUCGAGUAUGUGAUAUUUCAGAACAGAAUCUAGUUCCUUCGAUACCAAUGUAAUCUAGUAAUAUGAUUUUUUCUGUGUUGGUGUUGUGUACUCAGGUGAAUAUGAUGUUUGUGAUGUUACUCUGAGUGUAUAUCCAUACCGGGCGAGCUUGAUAAUAUGCCCGGCCACGGUGGGAAUCGAACCUACGAAAACAGUAUUCCAAAGGUCGCAGGUUCGAUUCCCACCGUGGCCAGGCAUAUUUUUGAAGCCUGCCCGGUGUGGAUAUACACUCAGAGUAACAUCACAACCAUCAUAUUCACCUGAGUACACAACACCAACACAGAAAAAAAAACUAUAUACACAUUUUUGGAUUUGCAGGUUCAAUUCCUGUCGCAGAACCUAAGUUGGUGCUUACAAGCUAUUUUUGUUGAGAUCUUGUUAAUUUCCUUUCCAAUAGACAACUUGCAUGUUAGAUUAAUUUUUGAUUUAGGCAAAAAAAGUAAAUUCCCGUAAAGAACUUAUUAAAAUUAGUAAAAUUGCAAAAUUUGGUUACGAAAUGUUGUAAAAUACGGAAAAUAUAGCCUUGCGAAGUUUGCAUAUUUUGUAUAUGUUUGUAUUACGUGCGGAAAUUGUUACCAUUUUUGAGCCGAAAAUGAAUACUGAAAUACCUCUGUUUUCUUCUGUUUUUUUUAAAAAAAUUGGAAUUUCGAUUUUUCUUUAAAAGCAACAUCGGUUGAAUCUUUUUUAGUUUCUCAGCUUUUUCCUUUUAUAGAAAAAUUGGCUAAUCAUAGACAUUCUAUCAAGAUUGUGUUUUUUUAUUGCAGGCACGAGAGCGGGAAAUGCUUCAGAAAUUGGAGGAAAAAGAUGGAGAAUCAUAUCAGAUGAAAGAAACUCAUUCAACACUGCAAGAAGAAGUUGAUAUAAAAACAAAGAAAUUGAAGAAGGUAUAGAUCGUAGAUGAAUAGUAUGGCAUGUUUUUUGUUGUUUCUGCCUAAUUGUUUAUUUGGUGAUCAUUUAAUUUUUUUAUUAUUUUUGUUUAGAUCUAUGGGAAAUUGCAGCAAGUCAAAGCAGAGAUCACUGAUCUGCAAGAGGAAUACGUCACACAACGUCAACAGCUUGAACAAACUCAGGAAGACCUCAUGCGAGAUUUAAAAUUCAAGUUCGUCUAAACUAAUUUAAACUAGCCUAAUUGUACUGGAUAGCUCUAUCUGUUCUAAACUGUUCUCCCUAGGGCUAGAGGUUCAGUAAGGAUCAUCUCUUAUUGAUCCAGUGUUACUACAGAAGGAAACCUAAACUAACUUUAUUUAUACUGGAUAGCUUCAUCAGUUCCAAACUGUUCUCCCUCGAGGUCCAGUAAGGAUCUUCUCUUAUUGAUCCAGUGUUACUACAGAAGGAAACCUAAACUAACUUUAUUUAUACUGGAUAGCUCUAUCAGUUCUAAACUGUUCUCCCUAGAGGUCCAGUAAGGAUCAGCUCUUAUUGAUCCAGUGUUACUACAGAAGGAAACCUAAACUAACUUUAUUUAUACUGGAUAGCUCUAUCAGUUCUAAACUGUUUUCCGUAGAGAUCCAGUAAAGAUCAUCUCUUAUUGAUUCAGUCUUACUACAGAAGGAAACCUCAAAUUUAAUUUUAAUUCUCAUUACGUUAUGGAUUAUUAAACACAGUUUAUGAUAUCUUAUCUAGAAUGUUACUUCUGGAGAAUUUCAUCCCUCCUGAAGAACGAACCAAGAUAACAAACAGAUGCGUUUAUGACGAAGAGAACAAUGAAUGGAAAUUAAAACCAAUCGCCGAAAAUAAAACGUGAGAUUAUGGAAGAAACUUUUAGACAUGUAAUGAAACAUACAAAAAUGAUUCAAUAUUCGUUUAAUAUUUUGAAUCUAGGGAAACGAUGACGAAGCGACCUGUGUCUGCAAUCGGAAAUCGUCGGCCGAUUUCGGAAUACGCUCGAGUCGCGGCAGCUCUUGGUGGUAAUCCACGUUAUAAGGUAACUACAUGUAUUAAUCUAGGAAGACUGUAGUUCUAAAGCUUAGUUACCUUUUCUACAUGCUUCUGUGAACUACACACGUAAAACGCACAAGUUGUUACAAGUCUGCAAACAAUGUUGAAACAAGUUGUUGCAAAUCUGUUCACAAGCUGUCGACAAGUUGUGUUCGCACUGCUUGUUCCCAGUUGUUGUAACAAGUUUGGAACAAGCUGUUAACAACUUGUAACAAGCUUGAUGGCAUUAUCAGACUUGUUACAAGGUUGUUCUAACAAGUCUGAUACAAUCAUGAUAUAACAAGAAUGUUACAAGGUUGACGACACAAAGGUCGUAGGUUCGAUUCCCACCGUGGCCAGGCAUAUUUUUCAAGUCUGCCCGGUGUGGAUAUACACUCAGAGUAACAUCACAAGCAUCUAGUUCACCUGAGUACACUAUAACAACACAGCAAAUAUCUUGUAACAAUAUUGUUAUGUCAUGAUUGUAUCAGACUUGUAGGAACAACUUUGCAACAAGCCUGAUAAUGUCAACAAGCUUGUUACAAGUUGUUAACAGCUUGUUCGAAACUUGUUGACAAGUUUGAAAAUUACCUCGUGAAACAUGGCCUGAACAUGCUCAAAAUGUAAUUUAUUAUAUCUUACUAUAUUUACUUUGAAUUACUUUCAUUUUUUACUUUCAUUUAAUAUUUCCUCUUUCUCCUAUAGGCGGAGAACAUAAUUCAGAUCGAACUGGACUUACCUAACAGGACAACGAAGGACUAUGAGGGACCCGCUGUGGCACCCAGGGUACAAGCUGCGUUAGACGCUGCCCUACAGGACGAAGAGGAUAUAACACUGGAUGCCAAGUAUGGAUAUGAUGUCUUUCCAUAAACGGAUUUUCAUGUUUUGCCCUGGGGGAGGGGGUGCUGAAAAUUUAGGGAGCCGUAACAGACUUGCUACAAGUUGUUCCAACAAAUCUAAUACAGGUUGUCGUCAACUUGUUAACAACUUGUUACGUGCAGACGAUAGAUCAGACUUGUUGAAACAACUUGGCCUCCAAUCUCGUUCCCAGGGUAUGCCUGUUCGCGGGUUAUGUAGUGGCAUGACUCUGGGGAAAUCGAAUUUAUUACCACUACAUAACCCGUGAACAGGUGUACUCUGGGAACGAGAUUGGUUGGCCUCAUCAACCUUGUUACAAGAUGAUAACAACUUCUUCCAGACUUGUUAACAUCUGAGAACAAGCAGUGAGAACAAUAUCUUGUUGACAAACUGUGAAUUUUUACGCGUGUAUCGGUCAGAGCCACAUUCAAUAAACACUAUCCCGCUAACUGGCCGUCUGUCUCAAAACUGAAGUAUAAUUUAGAAAAACGUUUUCUCUUAUUACUCAAGUGCCCUUCUCAGUAAGACGAAUGUGAAGUCAAAACGCCAAGACAAACAGAAGACAAGGUAAGUCUAUACUAACUAAAAGAUCAACCGAUAAUUCGUCUUGGCAAAUAAUCCUUCAACUUAGGCAAAAAAAAUAUGUGGGUUUCCGGUUUCCCGACCCUACCUAGCUUUUGGACGCCGAAAUCCCGACCCUAAACUUUUUUUAUUGGAUCAUGCUUGUAAGUGUUUCCACUUAGAAGAAAACGUUUGUGAAAAAUGGAAAUUUGAGGCAUUAUUAGGGAAAUUUAUCUUUGAAUGUGGAAGCACUGACUGAACAAAAUGGAAGUUAAAACCCACCUACCCUACCUACGUUUUUACAAGAAGAAAUAGGAAACACAUAUUUUUUUGGCCUUACCACAUUUAUGUCCUUGUCACCACCCUUGCCUUUCAAGCUGCCAGACUCAGGUUCAAUGGCCUUGGUCGAACUUCUAUAUACUAUAUGUCUUAAAAUAAUUGAGGAGAAAGAGCUACCUUUACAUCUCUAAAAAAGCCUUUUGGUCCCCUGAGAUCCCCUUGCCAAAUUCAAUUUUUUUCCUCUUCUUUUGAAACUUUAAUAUAUAUUAAAGCUCAACUUAUGCACCUAUCAAUGUUAAUCCCAAGGGAGGGGGGGUCGGGCAAGGGGUUGGGAUUUGACAUUUUUACAAAAAAAAAUGUCAAAUGCCACUCCCUCGGGAGAAAAUUCCUCGGCAAAAUUCCCCACCCCCGGGAUGAAAUUGUAUUACUGAAGUAUUUGGUUUCUGGUGCACUCUAUAUGUCAGGUGAUAGGGAAAUUACACAAAUACAUUUGGCGGUAUAAUUUAAAAGUAUAACAAACAUAAAGAACGUUUCAAAAUAACUUAAAAUACUCAUUAAUAAUUUAUAUACCUUGCGCCACACCAUGGUGUAGUGGACUGGAACACAGGCUAAUAAAACACAGUAUUCUUAUAUAAUUAUAUUGUCAGUAUUCUAAUAUAAUUGUUCGCCCUAAUUAGUAUUCUUUUGUACUUGUAUUUUAAGUUGUACGCCUCGCGUUUUAUAUCUGAUAAAACACACUCCUACUCGUGUUUUAAAUAGUACAUAACGUGAACUUUUAAUAUACAAGUAUAAAUCGAUAUUAAUAUAAUUAUAAAAUGGCUUUUAAAGGGGAAGUCAAGUCCGUAAUGUAAACAAACGGUUUGUUUACAUUUUGAACUGCUGUAUUUUUUAAAAUAUGAUGUACUGUCUGAAUAUCUAUUAAACACCAUUUUGGUUCGUUAUGCUUCUACAUGAAUAUGAAAUAGAGUUUGUGUUCAGAAAAAUUCGAAACAUUCCAAAUUUGGGCAAUGUUUACCUCAGAGGGCCCUCUAUUGUUAUGCGCAGAACCGAUGCGCAGAACGGACUUGACUUCCCCUUUAAGUGUUUAUUUCUUGUCCAGAAAUUUCCAUAUUUCUUGUAAAAACAACGCGCGAGACAGCGAGCGACACACUAGUGCCCAGUCUUCAGUUUGUUCCUGACUCUUCCACAGUCCCUCGUUACCUUUUAGUGCGGGAGGAUAUGCCUGUUCGCGGGUUAGGCGUUGACAGCUACAAUGCGGGCGACUGGGGACGAGUCAGAGUUUGUUCUAAAAUUGGCUCAGGUUUCUUCAGUAUAUCGUCUGAGAUCAGUGUUAAUCUGUCAAAAAUCCCCACCCUCGGGGCACUUAGAAAAAAAGUGUCAGUCCAAAUCCCGACCCAUGGGACCACCUGAUUGAUCAAAUCCCCACCCUUUGCCCGACCCCCCCCCCCUGGGUUAACAUUGAUAGGUGCAUAAAGUGUAACCUAAUUUUGGGAAGAGAUCAUGCUGAAAAUGGUAUAUGCCAGCUGGGAAAAGUUGUUUAUGACCUUAACCUAGUCCAGGUGUAGAUACCUCAGCUAGCAGAGGAGGUUGGACCAUGGCUGGAUUUUGUGGGGAGGUGCGCACUUCCCCUGAGAUCAUUUCGCUCCUCCCCUGAGAAUUUUUGCACCUCCCUUGAAAAGUCAUGCAUCUCCCUUUGGAAAGUUUCAAUGAUAAAUCAUAGUGAAAAUUAUGUUUGGUUGCUUAGGGUACACUGAAUUAAUUAACACUGAUACAUGUAUGUAUACUACAUGUAUGCAUGCAUGUAUACGUCAGGUCGUUGACUUUGGCCUGUUCUAUUAAAUCCUAACUUCCAGACUUUCCAUAUAUGGCAUGGACCAUGGGGAUCGUGAGCUAGACUGCUGCACCUCCCCUAAAUUUUUUCCACCUCCCCUAAAUUUUUUCCACCUCCCCCACUAUUUCCACCAAAAUCCGGCCUUGGGUUGGACCUUGUCCUAACAUGACAUAGAUAAUUUUAUCACUACUCCAAGGCCCGAGCAAGCUGAUUGUUGACCACUAUCAAUGUGACCACUAUCAAUGUGAAUCAAACCAUAGUUUAUAGAAUAGAUGGUUUGGAAACUCAUUAGAAUAACAACAUAACUCAUUAUCUAUGUUAGUCAACGUUUAUUCAUAAAUAUGUUCCUUCACCGUCACGUGUGUAUUGUAUUUUUGCCAUAUCCACCAAUACCAAUUUUCAAUUUACCUAUUGUUCAAGUCAUGGAUAGGUAGCUUUCCUAAAACAUUGCUAUUGGUUAGUUGGGCAAAAAUACAAUACACACGUGACGGUGAAGGAACAUAUUUAUGAAUAAACGUUGACUAACAUAGAUAAUGAGUUAUGUUGUUAUUCUGAUGAGUUUCCAAACCAUCUAUUCUAUUAACUAUGAUCAAACCCACAACCAUUUAUCAUUAGUUUGCAAGCCCAUUUAUGAGGUCAAGUUCAAAUUAUUAAGUGAUAUUUUGGAACUCAGUCUAGACCUAGUUCCUUCAAUAUCUGUAUGAUCUCUUGUCUAGAGCUAGGGUUACAAUUUUUUUCUCACACAGGCAAAACAACAGAUCAAAUUUAAUGGCAAUGAUUUUCUUGUCUGGUAAGUGCAAAGCAAGAAUUUUCCUAAUCAAGGCUAAAUUAAUGAUUUCUACACGUACAACAUUUAGGGACCGGUCAUUAAUUACAGGGGAGGGGGGGGGGCUGGUGGAAAUGAAAAAUUAGAUGCCAUUAUACUUCCCCCCCCCCCACACACACACACACACACAUGCAAAUAACAAAAGGCACAUUCGUAAUUUAAAGUUCUUAUAAAGUGAAGCCACAAUUAAUCAUACUGCCCUAUCAUAGUUGCCAACAUUGGGAAAAAGAAUCAUCCGUGAGAAUUUGAAAAUAUGGAGUCUCUAGAUCGUUGGAAAUGGCAUUUUUAUCUGUAGGUUUUAUGGUACAACAGGGUAAUGUGGCAGCGGGGUAGGUAUUUAUAUUGGACAAAAAUUUUUGCCCCCCCCCCUUUUUCAUGCUCAAAAAUACCUGAUCCCCUCUUUUUCCACCAGCCCCCCCUCCCCUGUAAUUAAUGACCGGUCCCUUAGUGCUCUUAAUUUAAUUAGACACAAGAUUAAAAGUUUGAUCACUGUGAAGUGUGGUCUGAUCGAUAGAAACAAAAAUACUAUGCUGUACCCAAAUACAGUAUCCUAUUAUGCGUCUAGAAU